AUGGCAAGUUCUCCCGCGGCAAAUCGAAGUCCUUGGUCUCUGUCCAUUUCGCCUUCGGACUGGCGUUUGGGGAAGUACCUGGUAAACGCGGUCGACCCAGGUACAUUCACUGACCCACCGAUCCACAAGCUGGAAACGGGUCAAAUCCGUGUGCUGGAACUUCACCCUGGCGCUCGAGGUGAUGAGUUGAAAUGCUCCGUCCGGGUAUGUACACUCGAUUCCACGGCAAUAGACACUAUAGCUGCUGGUAACAAAACCUUUCACCCCUUUUCGUACGAGGCUGUCUCGUAUGUAUGGGGAAGUACUGAGCGGAAUCACGUUCUCAAGUGCAACAAGAUCGUGAACGUUCAAGGGGAAAUGGACAGCGAGGAGCGGCUUUUCGAGAUGUACCAGGAACAGUUCGAGACAGAGAUCGCCAUAACCGAGAACCUCAAGGAGAUGUUAUUGGCUUUGCGAGAUACUCGGGAUACUCGGUCGCUGUGGGUGGACGGCGUGUGCAUCAAAAAGACCACGAAGAGCGGGCCGAGCAGUUACAAGGCACGCAGUGCGUUCAGGGUUGCUCGAAAGCUGGCGUCGCUAUACAACGAUGAGGCAGCAUGGCGAACGGCGCUCUCUUGUCGAGACCAGGCUGAGGAAUGGCAGAUAUAUGGAUUCCAUGUUUGGAGACUGGUGAAAGAUAAUGCGCUUUUCCUAGACCAGCAAGAGCAUCGGGCGCUGAGAGACGGCCUGUUGGGGAAGGAGUGGUUCAUCCGUACGUGGGUGUACCAAGAACUGGCCCUCGCUCGUAAUGUGGUCCUAAGGUACGCCGACGAGGAAAUGGACUGGGACACACUGGACACUGCAGUGCAGGCUUUCGUUGAGCUCUCAUUACCUCUGUCGCCUCUCAACAAUGGCCACAAAGCUGUACGCGACAUGGGAAGGAAGCGCCUGGCCGUGGCAAUGGUCCGCGAUUACAACCUCAAGCACCUCCGCGGCGACCCGGGCGGCCACCCUCUCAGUGCCAAAAUGCGAGCGGAUGAGUUGCUACUAGAGAGCUUGCUGGUCGAUGUCCGCAGUCUACGGGCCAAAGAUCCCCACGACAAAGUAUUCGGGAUACUAGGCCUUCUCCUCCCGAUUGAAGGACAAAGCAUCUCAGUCGACUACACGGUCCCCGUCCACGAAUUGUACAUGCAGGUCCUCUGCUUUCUAGGUGGCUUCUGCGCAGCCACUGCCCGAGAACCCGAAUUCAAAUUCCUGUCUGAUCCCAAUGGUGCCAACGCAUCAGAAGAGGAAAACCAACCCGAAGGACAAGAACCCCAUUCCCUCUUACGAAUCGCUGGCAUCAAAGCCCUUACAAUCGCAGAAACAUUCGAGGUGGAAGAUUUCGAAAGACAGGCAGAACUCCUCACGGGAAUGCCCGCCAACUACCCCCUGACAAACGAUACCUACGUGGAUGUGUACCUCAACAUCUUCGACGCGAGAGAUCCCAUCGACUUUCUACUUGGAACCCGUCGUGAUAUGCACCGGAAUUUUUGGCACGACCACAUCCCAGGGGUGCUCGCAGAUGCCAACGGCGAGAGCCAGAUCGUCGAGACUAGCGAGUCGUCUCCGACUUCACCUCCAGUUACAGCUGAUAUACUAAAAAGUCUAUUUCGAAGAACCCGAUUACAAGGGAUUGUGCUAGGUCCUCAAACUCGACAGGCCGAGAGACCGAUCCGUGACAAGAACUGGAGGGUCGGCUUCGUCUCGACGAAUGGCUUCAUGGGCGUGGUUCCGAAGAAGAGUCGAGCUGGGGAUUAG